AUGGAUUACAGCCUUCACCGUGAGCGUGAAGCACGGCAUUUCAUCUCUCGACAUAAUGCUGACCUGGAGCCCCCUCUCUACGUCAAGUCGGAUCCCACCCCGCGGAUGUGUGUCGCACUGGUGACCGUCCGGCGCGACAUGGAUGACUAUUUCGAAGCGUCUGUGGGCUCACUACUGGAGGGGCUGGACAAGCAAGAGCGAAGCAAAUUGUACAUUAGUUUGUUGUUUGCCAACACGGAGCCGAGGCUACAUCCAAGCUGGGGACAACGAUGGAUAGAGAGGCUCGCUGACUCGGCGACAACAUACAACGUGUCGGACAGUCAACUCGAGCAUCUGAAGAGUCUGGAAAGAGAAAGGAAUUUCUAUGAGAAAGGUGUAUUUGACUACUUAUAUGCCCUCCGGACCUGUCAACAGCUGAACGCUUCCUACACUAUCAUUUUCGAGGACGACAUCAUCCUUGCGGCCGGGUGGUUCUCAAGAACGUUGCAGGCGUUGGCGAAGAUUGCCCGACUCGAACAACAAUUAGGGAAGCCUUGGAUCUAUCUCCGUCUCUUCUAUACCGAGACUGCAUUAAGUUGGACUAGUGCGGAUUUUGCGUACCGGAAUAUGCCGUUUGUUUUUGGUCUUCUGAUGCUAUCUACCCUCUUAUGCUUGGUAGCGCUCCGCCGCACUCGCUUCAAGCAAUUUCACCUAGACACUGCCAGCAUAGCGAUCAUCUCCAUGGUUUGCAUGCCAGCAUUUACCGCGCUUGUCUACAUGGUCGGGAAAUACAGCCUAAUGCCCCUCCACGGAGUCAUUGAAAUGAAUCAGUAUGGAUGUUGCACUCAGGGCUUGGUAUUUCCAAGGGAGCGUGUGAAUGGCCUGAUGGAGUUUCUAAGCGCCAGAGGACAUGGACAGACGGACUCUAUGAUCGAGGAGUACGCUGACCAGUACGCAUUGACUCGAUACGCAUUGGCACCGCCGCAGCUCCAACACGUGGGAUUGAAGUCGAGUCGAGAUAAUCUCGACAUCAACACGCGAAGCACGUGGGCCUUUUGGUUCGAAACUAAUGAUCCAGAUACAUUGAGAGGGGAACAUCAGAGGCUAUUACAAGAUGAGGAUGUGAAGAAGAUGCUAAAUAUGUCAAUUGCAGCAUAG